UUUAUACCCAUCACUAACUACUGCUCGUUCCUUUAUGUUUCUUUCCUUUUAUAUAUAAACGUAUCACAUUGUGAUAUCCUAAGGCAUCUUAAGAAUUAUCGUAACUGUUUCACGUGAAAGAGUUUGAUUCAAGAUAUAAACCAAUCACACAAAAAGCUUUGGCCUAACUUACAUAUUCACUUUUUCUUCUUUUCUUUCUCAUUCAUCUUCUUCACCCCAUGGAAUCCUCAAAUUGGCUUCUCAAACAUGUUUCCAUUUUACUCAUUCUCUUCUUUACUUCUUCAAUGUCCUCAACUUUAGACCUUAUGGUUUCACACACUAAAGCCUUGCACCAAAACUUCACUGCUGUAUCAGAUUUUAGAUUGAUAAAUAGAAGAAUUUUGAAAGAUGGUUCUAUUUUAAAUCCUUAUGUUAAACUCAUUAUCAGCAAAAAUUCAAGCUUGUUGGAUGACCAAUUCGUCACCGUUACGGUAACCGGAGUUUCGAAGCCGAGAGAUGGAGAUUGGGUGGCUAUGAUCUCACCUUCAAAUUCCAAUGUUAAAACUUGUCUUCUCAAUGAAUUUUAUUAUCUACAAACUGGUGAUACUUCAAAACUUCCUCUGCUUUGUCAUUACCCUGUCAAGGCACAAUACUUGAAAAACGAUCCAGAUUACCUAAGCUGCAAAAACAAAGAAUGCAAGAAAGAGCAGAAUGGGAAAUGCAGUGUGACAACUUGUAGUGGUUCCAUAAAGUUUCAUGUUAUCAACAUUAGAACUGACAUUGAGUUUGUGUUCUUCACUGGUGGGUUUCUCACCCCUUUUCUUGCUGGAAGGUCCACACCUUUGGGGUUUGCUAAUCCUAAGAAGCCACUUUAUGGACAUCUCUCAAGCAUUGAUUCAACUGCAACAUCUAUGAGGUUGACAUGGAUUAGUGGAGACAAAGAACCUCAACAAAUCCAAUAUGGAGAUGGGAAAACUGUUACUUCAGCAGUUACUACUUUUUCACAAGAUGAUAUGUGCAGUUCAGCAUUGCCAAGUCCUGCUAAGGAUUUUGGAUGGCAUGACCCAGGAUUUAUCCACUCGGCAAUUAUGACAGGACUCAACCCAUCAACUGCCUACUCCUACAGAUAUGGAAGUAACUCGGUUGAUUGGAGUGAACAAAUCAAAUUUUCAACUCCACCUUCUGGAGGAUCAGAUGAGCUCAAGUUUGUUGCAUUUGGUGAUAUGGGAAAGACCCCUCUUGAUGCUUCAGAAGAACAUUACAUUCAGCCUGGAGCUUUAUCAGUUAUAAAAGCUAUAGCUAAUGAAGCGGAUUCCAACAACGUAAACUCGGUUUUUCACAUUGGAGACAUAAGCUAUGCGACUGGUUUUCUAGCAGAAUGGGAUUUCUUCAUGAACCUCAUUAGUCCGGUAGCUUCAAGAGUUUCUUACAUGACUGCAAUUGGGAACCAUGAGAGGGAUUAUGUAGAUUCUGGUUCAGUUUAUCAAACACCUGACUCUGGUGGUGAAUGUGGAGUACCUUAUGAAACAUACUUUCCAAUGCCAACUUCUGCAAAGGAUAAGCCAUGGUACUCUAUUGAACAAGCAAGUGUUCAUUUCACAGUAAUAUCCACUGAACAUGACUGGUCCCUAAAUUCUGAGCAGUAUGAAUGGAUGAAAAAGGAUAUGGCAUCAGUUAAUAGACAACAUACUCCUUGGUUAGUCUUCAUGGGACAUAGACCAAUGUACACUUCAAACCAAGGAUUUUCAUCUAAAGAUCAAAAUUUUAUUAAAGCUGUGGAGCCAUUGCUAUUAGCGAAUAAGGUUGACUUGGCUCUUUUUGGCCAUGUGCAUAAUUAUGAAAGAACUUGUUCUGUGUAUCAGAAUAAGUGCAAAGCUAUGCCUAUAAAGGAUCAAAAGGGAGUAGACACUUAUGACAACAAAAAUUAUAGUGCUCCUGUACAUGCUGUCAUUGGCAUGGCUGGUUUCACCUUAGACAAAUCCUCAAACAAUGGUGAUAGCUGGAGUCUUAAAAGAAUUUCAGAGUUUGGUUAUUUAAGAGCACAUGCUACUAAAAAUGAUUUAAACUUGGAGUUUGUGACAUCAGAUACAAGAGAAGUUAAGGAUAGUUUCCGCAUUACAAAGUAAAAGCUCACUUAAGAAAACGAAACAGAUAAAGAAGUAUAAGUAGAAAUCGGUUUAUAAAGAUCGAGACAGACAGCCAGACCAAUACACACAUAUAUAAAAUAUUGAAAGCCAAAGGAGAUCUAGAGACACUUGAAGAUGAAGAGCAUUUCCGUUGAUUCUUUGUACUACAUAUCUACGUUGUUGUAGAUUCUGUUACAAAGAAUUACAUAUAGACAAUAAGUUCUUGUUACCGCAACUCUUAUUUCUAGUCCAAAUCAGAAUCAAUAUAUAUCUUAUUUCUAAGUA